UUCGUGACCAAAUAGUGUGUUUUAUAAACUAUAAUUACCAUAGUCAUGGGUUCGUCUGCAGUGUAAAAUGUAUACACGAACGUUACAUAAGGGAAAAGUCACUAAGAAAUCUACUAAAUAUUUAAAAUGGUAUCAUCCCCUUGCUAGGUAGGUCAUGGCAAUAAGUCCUCCCAUUCUAUGACCCUUCAGGCUACUCAUGUUAUACCAUUUAUACUUUAGUAUUAUUGCGACCCUUCUAGAACCUAGAGUCGAGACUUAAUUGCGUUGGUACAUGGAGAAAAUCUUAUUAAUUCAAAACUCAAGAACUUCAACACACGGAUAUAAGUUGUUGAUUAUAUUGGAAUAAAGGAAAGAUAUGGGUUAUAAGAAAGAUGGUCUUAUAAAAGAUCUAUGGCCAAAUAUUCGAUUAAUACAAUUGUCGGGCCUAUUCAUAUCCGAGUACUAUGACGAUUAUUCUGGAUUGGCUGUGUUGUUCCGAAAGAUUUACAGCUGGAUCACCGCAAUAAUAAUAUAUUCGCAGUUCAUAUUUAUCGUAAUAUUUAUGGUCACUAAAUCCAACGAUUCAGAUCAGUUGGCUGCUGGCGUGGUAACUACAUUGUUUUUCACCCAUUCGAUGAUCAAAUUCGUGUAUUUUAGCACGGGUACCAAGUCGUUCUACAGGACUCUAAGUUGUUGGAACAACACCUCUCCACAUCCUUUAUUUGCAGAAUCUCAUUCGAGAUUCCACGCAAAGUCAUUAUCUCGAAUGCGACAACUUUUGAUUAUAGUUUCGAUAGUUACGAUUUUUACAACGAUAAGCUGGACAACUAUUACUUUUUUUGGUGAAAGUGUUUGGAAGGUUCCUGAUCCUGAAACAUUUAACCAAACAAUGUAUGUUCCAGUACCCCGUUUGAUGUUACAUUCUUGGUAUCCUUGGGAUUCAAGUCAUGGAUUAGGUUAUAUUGUGGCUUUUGUCUUGCAGUUUUAUUGGAUAUUCAUAACACUCAGUCACUCAAACUUAAUGGAACUUUUAUUCUCAUCGUUUCUGGUGCAUGCAUGUGAACAACUUCAACACUUAAAGGAGAUUUUGAACCCAUUGAUUGAAUUAAGUGCUACCCUUGAUUCAUCAGUUCAUAAUCCUGCCGAAAUAUUUCGUGCCAAUUCGGCUAAAAAUCAAUCAAUCAAUGGUAUCGAUCACGAUUACAAUGGGUCCUACGUGAAUGAGAUUACUGAGUAUGGAACAAAAGGGGAAAAUGAGCCAAACAGAAAAGGACCAAAUAACUUAACUAGCAAUCAAGAAGUACUUGUCCGAUCAGCAAUUAAAUACUGGGUAGAGCGACACAAACAUGUUGUCAAGUACGUGAGUUUAAUUACUGAGUGCUAUGGUUCGGCACUUCUUUUUCACAUGUUAGUGAGCACCGUCAUUCUCACCAUUCUCGCAUACCAAGCAACCAAGAUCAACGGAGUCAAUGUGUUUGCGUUUUCUACCAUCGGAUACUUGAUGUAUUCUUUCGCACAAAUAUUUAUGUUUUGUAUACAUGGCAAUGAACUCAUCGAAGAAAGUUCAUCUGUAAUGGAAGCGGCUUACGGUUGCCAUUGGUACGAUGGAUCCGAAGAAGCUAAAACAUUCGUGCAAAUAGUGUGCCAACAGUGCCAAAAGCCUUUGAUUGUGUCUGGGGCGAAAUUUUUCAAUGUUUCAUUGGAUUUAUUUGCAUCAGUUCUAGGUGCUGUAGUAACAUACUUCAUGGUUUUGGUGCAGCUUAAAUAAAAUCUUUCAAUAAUAAAUACUGCUAUAUAGGAUGAUUCACCAAGCAUGUUCAGUGGCAUUCCUCACCUCUUUUUUAACCUUUAAAUUCACUAAUUUAUUCAAAUUCUGAUUUUUAGAUUUUUUAAGUAUGGAUUCAGGAACUUAUUUUCAAAUAUAUCGAUUUUAUAAAAUUUAAAGAAUUCCUGCGAUGAAGACUAUUUUGAAACAAGAACCACCUUUUGUAAGGUCAACUGUUAAUAUAAUUAUGUUUUUGAACAUUUUGGAGUAUCUAAUUUGGUACAUAUAUUUGAAUGAAUAAUUCUGAGUUAUUAAACUUAAUACCUAUACUGAUAACAUAAUGAUAAUAGUGCUCAAUAAAGGAUUUACAUAAAAUAUAUCUAAUGCUUAAAUACUCGGACAAUUAUAACAUUUAAAUAGAUUAAUAUAUAUUAAUUACUAUACUAAACCUAAUACUAUGGACUAUUAUCCUUGAAGUUGAAUAGCUAAAAAACUACUGGUUCAAAUUUCGAUCUACACCAAUAUUUUCAAAAAAAAUUAUUUCCUUAAAAAUUUUAAGUAAAAACGUUACUCAUU